UCGGGACUCGUUCAUUCGUUCAGCCGCAUAAGCGGAUCUGUUAGACAGCAGGCCUGGCUAACGAGAUCCCCGGUAAUCCCAUCGCAUUCUAAGGUGCUCCGUAACGACGUCGCGAAGAGUCCACCUUCGGAUGGGAAGUGGGAGACACCAAUAGCCUCAGGAGAUGCCCCCCCCAUCGGGACAGCGUCAUCUCUGCCACUGCGGCAGAGGCUUUCUACGCAAAGAACACCUUCGCCGCCACCAGGCUAUACAUAGCAGUCCCUCUUUUACGUGUCAUGUGUGCUCUCGAUCGUUUAGUCGCAGUGAUCUUCUUCGCCGCCACCUAACAUUACACGAUGGCCCUGCUCACUCAGAUUCUAAACGGGUACGGGCUUGUGAUGCUUGCCACGCCAGCAAGAUCCGAUGUGACGGAGGCACUCGAUGCUCUCUAUGUACCAAGCGAGGCAUAGACUGUGCUUUCACAAGAGGGCCUGGACCCAAUGGCGCAUCUAAUUUGCGACGAAGGAGCGUCUCUUCCUUGCCAUUAGCUUCUAAAUCGAAUUCGCCCGAUCCUCCCACGCCCAGCAUACAGACCUCAGACCCCAAAGACACUCCCAAACCUGAUAUAAGCCAAGUCAUCUACACGAAUAUAGUGGCCCCCAUCACUCAGGGAACACAGCAUCCAGAUCCAUCCAUCGCCACAGCGGGAUUGAAACUAAUCCUCAAUGUUCUUUCCAAUCCUCUCUCUUCAGAAGCGUUGUCAAGAAAUCAACUACAGCUGCCCCCGGAGGUAGAAAAAUGGUCCUCGGAAUGUAUAAAAGCAUACAUGAGACAUUUCCAUGACCGGUGGCCCAUAUUGCACAUCCCGACUUUUGAGCGGGAAGUAAUUUCCAUCGGGCUGCGAAGUACUGUCAUCAUGAUAGGCUCCUGGGUGCAGAACGAGACUGCAGGCAACAGCAUCGUAUUUGAAAUCCACAGCAACCUUGUUAAAACCCUCCUCGCUGAUCUUACGGAGACUACUGUCGAUCCUGCCGGCGUCUGGCCCAUCAGGACCCUUCAAUCAGCCUUGUUGAAUGUCAUCUUUGCAUUUGAAAGCGGAAACGAGAAACUCAUGAAGAAAGCUCGCCUCCUGUACAGCCUCCUUGUCACCGUAUUUCGCCAGCUCAAGGUCUUCAACGCCGAAGCCGUAGAGCAUCAGAUCAGGAUCCACUUCAGCGGCGACUUCCCCCCAUGGGCGUUUGCCAUGAAAGAGAAGUGGAAAAGGCUUACCACCACUCUCUUCAAACUCGAUACAUACAUCUCGCUAUUAACGCAACAACCACCAUCAGUCCAACGCGAAGAAAUGAGUCUCGGAUUAACUUCCACAUUCGCCUUAUGGAACGCCCAUGGUCUCGAUGUCUUCUUUAGGAGAUGGCCUUCCGAGCCCUUAGAACGAUCCUCGUACAAGAUAUGCGAUCUCGCGUUGGGAUCGCACCAGCCAAUCUCACCCGUCAUGCUAGUUGAAGACAUACAAAUACGCAUGAUGGGUGUGACCAACUACGUUUGGAUCCUUAGCAAGAUGCGAGGGAACCCGAAUCCGGCACUGUGCGCAUCUGCCGACCAGAAAGAACUAAUAUCCGCCCGUCUAAAGCGCUGCAAGCUACAACUGGACGGCAUGACUGCCUUGUGGAUGGAUCCAGAGCAACACAAGAUGCAUAUUGAAUUUCUCCUCAGGGCUUAUAUGGGCUCGGAAGAGCCCUUCCACGAGGAUUGGGAAAAGUACUCACGGGGCCGAUUCUUUUCCUACGUCUUCAGCGCCACCAUGAUGUACCACCUCCUUAGCAUGCACAUCUACGCCGAUGCCCAAAGCUAUAUGCAAAAUCUCCCAGGCAUCACAUCAAGCUUGGCCCCUUGCGGCAUCACUCUCAUGUAUCCUCCAAAUACUGCUGAGAUCAAGGAGUGGGCGACGUCCAUGGACAGCAGAAUUGCAGUCUCGCAUGCCAUCUUCGCAUACCGCAUCUAUGGCGGCCACAUUUCUCCUUCUGAGCUAAAAGAAGAAGUCGUCGAUCCUAUUGCCCACAUGACUAUCGCGGUGGGGGCUGGCAUUUUAUGGACAUGGAUACAGAACAACGGCAUGACGUGCACUUGCGAUUGCAUGAAUGUGCCGCUCGUUGACGGGCUGGAUUUUGGCUUUGUGUGCCUAGAGACGGGAAAGAGCCCCGAAGUAGAAAACUGGAUACGAAAUGGCGGCAACAUCUGGCUGCAUGGAAUUCAGUUAUGUAAGUGCAAUGUAGAAGUUUGGCUUUCGCCGUUUGCUGCGAUACUAUCGGAAGGAGCGAGGAAAUGGGAGAUUGGAAACGCAUUUGCGCAGAAGCUGUGGCAUCAGCUUGGACUUCAGCGAUCUGUUUAGUAUUAGUAGGAACCUCGUGAAGCUGGGAUAAGGGAGUUGCUAUUUCAUAGUAGAGCAUUGUACAAUUCACAAGGGAGCAAAGAAUCCGGAAUGUACAUAAUUGAGUUAUAUAAACUCACCAUGUAAAUGAUAGGCGCUAGAUAUACGUUAUUGAUGGAUAAUGGCAAAAACAUAUAAAACGUAUAACCAAACGUGCCAUUGCCGCCUUAGAAAUAAUGACAAAGC